CGCCCUGCUUGGCCGUCGCGGCAUCACGCAGCCCCUACGAAAUGCGCCGUGCGGAAGCCUGGCCUGUUCUUCUACCCGUUCCAUGAUUAAACAACGGGAACCCCGAGCAGCUGUAGGAAACCAUUGCUAGCGAGGCAUCAUUAAGUGUCAUAGCCGUUCCUUCAGCCAGCGACGCGGGCACGUGACGUGAUACCGCUAAGGUGUAAACAUUGGCACAUGUUCGGCGGCAAGGUGUGCUGUGGCGCUCGCUGCACACCAGCAGCCUUUGCCAUAGCUGUGUUCGUCUUUUUAAUCCACACCGGUCCUAAUAAACGAUAACGAUCGUGAUAAACAAUAGCGCGGCACUGUUAGCACGAACAAGCCAUUGCAGAAUUUCCGUUCUUGUUCGCUCUGUGCCUGUCAGCUCUUCAUGAUGGUUCAUUCGAUGAACCGUAAUUAUCAAUUAAACACUGCUUCAGUUUCAAUAAGACAACCCUGCUAAGCAUUGUGCUAGCUGUGAUUGAACUUCGCAUUGAUCGGUGAUUGAUCCAUUGUGGCAGCUGUGAUUGAACUUCGCAUUGAUCGGUGAUUGAUCGGAUGCAUGACAUGUCCGAUCCAGAAACGACAGGAAACGCAGCUCUUUCUAUGUUGCCUUCCCUGUAGAUAUUUCUGAUAAUUUCCUCGCGUCUGAUUUUUUUUUGUCUGAAGUUGGGAGCACGAUGUGCACGCUAUCCACGGUAUGGACGGGGACAAGGAACAGGAGGUAGGUAACUGGCGGAAUCUAGCGGCAAAUAGCUGCACUACCACAAUCAUGUGCGCUCCGGCCGCGCAGCGCGAUCGUGUUUUUUUUCCGUCGGGUCACGCGCACUUUUGAGCCGUUUUUCCUCUAUAUGCGAGUACCGCGAUCCGAAAAAGAGAGCCGCCCUUGCGAACAGUCAGCGCGCGUGGUCCUCAGAAGCGGACGGCAAAGCAGCGAUGUCCCGGCGAAUCCGGCCGACGGUGGUCGGAGCCUGCGGUGGUCCUGCGCGCGGCAGCAGCAACCACCGCCGCUGGUAGGCCUAGAUGCCUCCGCCCCCAGCGACGGCGGCAGGAUGCAGCUUUCGACGGAAUCCUUCCCAUUCCGGCUUACACCGCGCCGGAAUGUGCUGCGCGUGAACGCGGGGUCCCCGGACGACGCCGAAGACGACCCGAUGGGCUCGGAGUCGAGGCUCAAGCGCGUCGGCAGCUCCUUCGUCUCGUACGUGGACCUCGGCGGUGCCGACGAUGAGGGCCGGCGAGCGGCGGCGGCGGACGCGAUGCCGUCCCUCCGGCCAGUGCUGUACGACGGCGAAGUGGUAGUUAGCGAAGUAAGUCACGUCCUCAAGUUCAACACGUUCAGCGAGCUACGUAACGGCGUCUCGGGCGUGCUGUUCUGCACCAGCCUCAAGCUGAGCUUCGUGACGAUGGAGGCGAGCGCCGAGCGGGCGCCGCGAUCCCCCCUGUGUGCCAACCGCGUGCUGGGCCCCAACGACAUCGGCCUGCUGAACGUGGACGCGCUCUACGAGCUGUCAGCGGGCCGCCGCAAGCGCAUCUCGUCGCCUGCGGCACCCGGCCGCGCCGUCGAAGUGCUGCAGGUGCGCUGCAAGGACAUGCGCCUCUUCACUUUCUCGUUCAAGUUCUGCCAGGGGGACCAGGGUGCCCGCGUGCUGCAAUUCCUCGCCUGCCACGCGUUCGUGCCCAGCGUGGACAUGCUUUUCUGCCCGCCGGGCUCGACAACGCGCGAGCCGCCGUUCGAGUCGGCCGCCGAGUGGGAGGCGGAGCUGAAGCGCUGCGGCGCGCACGGAGACUCCGACACGGCGCUGUGGCGCGUCACCGAGCUGAACGCCAAGUACCGGCUGUCGGACGCCAUGCCCAAGCGAUUCGUGGUGCCCAGGAGGCUGCUGGACUGCACGCUUGAGACGCUCGCCAACUACUUCCACGAGCGCCGCGCCGUGGCCUGGUGCUGGAGCCACGGGAACGGGGCAGCCUUAAUGCGCGGCGCAUCGUCGGAUACUGGCUCCGAGGCCGGCGAGCUGGAGCGGCUUGGGCAGCUGUCGCAGUGCCUCGGGAGCGACGUGCACCUGGUGCGGCUCGACCUGGAGUGCCCGUUCGUGCGCGAGAUCGGCUCGAGCUUCCACAAGCUGCAGGCGCUGUGCAUGCCGGCCGACGAGGCCGAGUUUCUGGAGCAGGAGGCGCACUACUAUGGCGCCCUGGAGGCCACCCGCUGGCUGGAGUGCCUGUCGGGAUGCCUCAAGGUGGCGUUGGGGGCGGCUCGGGCAAUGACCGACAAGGGGCGCCACGUGCUGCUGCGCGAGCAGACUGGUGCAGACCUGACCUGCGUGGUGGCCAGCCUCGUCCAAGUGCUCCUGGAUCCCCACUGCCGGACCCAGGCAGGCUUCCAGAUGCUGGUGGACAAGGAGUGGGUCGCCGGGGGACACCCCUUCACGGACCGGCUGGGACACCUCGGCGGAGUCAACAGUCGGGCGGCCGAGGCGGCACCGGUCUUUCUCUUCUUCCUGGAUUGCGUCUGGCAAAUGGCGCGCCAGUUCCCAUCUGCCUUCGAGUUCUCCGAGACGUACCUGACCAACCUGUGGGACUGUACCCACGUGGGCAUCUAUGACGCCUUCCUGUUCAACAGCAACCGGCAGCGGCGCCACGCGCGGCGCACGCGGGCUUAUCGCAACGUCUGGGACUGGUCUGGACCGGAGUCACGGCUCUCCGCACAAGACCUGGAACUCUUCCAGAACCCGCUGUACCUCCUCCGGCGGUCGCGGGAGCUGCUGAAUGCCGGAAGGCCGGUGCCACCUCCCUUGCCCCCCAGCGGUUCCGGAGACCGCCGCUGCACGCCGUCAGAAGACGAAGACCUGCUUUCCAUGGAUGCGACUGUCAAGGCCCUUUCGGUGUGGACCCAGUGCUACUUCCGGUGGGUACCCAAGGCAGAGGUGGUGAAUGGUGACCCGGGUACGCUGUUCCUGCACAACGUGCGUGUGGCCAGGGACAUCCAGUUCCUCGCAGCCCAGGUCCGUCUGCUCAGGGAGCACCGGCGGGACGGGGUGGAGCCUGUUCAGCUGCGGCACCGGCGCUUGCCCUCGGACGAGUACUUCUCGCUGGCCCAGCGUUGCUCGGCCCGGCCCGGCGCCACGCUGGGAACCGAGGGACAGCACCUGGUGACCUCCUCCUUCCCCUACGCGCCCCCGGGCCCUGUGGACUGGGGCAGCUGCCACGUGCCCUCGGUGGCGCCGCUUCUCGACGAGGGCUGCGAGGACUUCGAUGACUAGCUGCCGACGCGAUGGCUACCUUUCUAGAGACAGCCUGCGCUCUGUUCUUUCAGUGACCGUACUGUUGCGUGGAGGUGUAAAGGCCCUGUGCGACUCGCUGUGUGCCAAGAGUGGAAGUGAGAGGGCUCAAUGGCUGUUUUGAAAGUUGCCACUAUACUCCGCAGAUGAUGCCGUUGUGCAGUUUUGUUAGAGUGCAAGCACUUUUGUGUUGGUAGCAAAGCCCCGCGCCGUCUCGGCGAUAAAAUUUUGUGACACUCUGCAGUUUUGAUUGCAGCUUGGGGGGGGGGGGGUGCGUGCGUGUGGGGGGGCAGGCGUGCGUCGAUAGGCGCACCGCUCUUCGGUUGGUCUAGGAGAGCUUGUCUUUAAAUGCUUGCUCUGUUUAUCGCAUGGAAGGGAGCACCAUCUAUCCCCAAACAUCGGAGGUAGUUUUUUGGCUUUAGAAACCGAAUUGGGGAUGGCAUCACAAAAAUGUUUGAUGAGUUAAUGUGUGGUACCAAAGAAUAUUAGCAAAAUGAAGACAAAAAGUUUAUUUUGCCAAUAUUUUUCUUUUAUCGUGGAAGUCCUCGGGGGGGUUAAGGACGGCCAAAAAUACUGUAAAGCAUUCUAAAUAUUCAAUGCACUCUGUCUUGCAGUUGUCAAUGUAGCACGAUACGGCCGGUUUCUCUGCACUUAUUUGAGCCAAGCUCAACAAAGAGAUCUUUCAAACCCGCUAUUGUUACUCAAAGUAGGUUCUGCGUCUGCCUAUUACCCUGUCCUUUGUUCCCGAAGUAAUACUGAAAAUAGCUGGAAGUGCUCUUUUCAUAUAGAUACUGACAAGGUGGUGCCGAACUGGGCAUCAUUUGCGGGGUAAUAUUGCAUUGGAUUGCGUAGACCGUCGACCGGAAGACGGCGACAAACGGAAGACGCAUCUCGAGCACGUUUUUGUCCUUUCCCUUCAGCUGUGACCGACGGUCUUUCCGCAGAGUGUUGUGCCAAUCGGAAACGCCACGGGUACAAUCUUUCGCUACCGGACAACUGCGUUGCAGAAGUCAUGGGACAUGCUACGCAGUUUCGAGGACGAAAGCUUGGCGACGUAGGGCGAGCUCGCCCUAUUGAACGGAGUGGUGAGGACUGUAUUUCGUUUCGCUUUGUCUCCGACCACAGCCGACACUACGAUUCCAAAGAACCAAUCAAGCAACAACUUAACUGCAUCGUCAUGGCCCUUGUCGCCUUCGCGAGUUCUCUUUCACAGACCAAGCCAAUUGCGCACAGCGAAUGCGUCGUGACCCUGCAUGUUUUUCUGCGCGCGAUUGGUUUAGCCAAGCAUGGCAUAACCGCAAAGACGAGUGCUGUGUCCCUGCACUCUUGCAGCUGCUAAUCUGCUCUUUCCGGUUGUAGCGACUGCUUCGGUUUGAUUCGGAGCGAAACGGAGUAUUGGCUGCCUUUUCCGACGAGAUUCCGAGGCAGCCGUGAUGACCUCGAAGGCCACACGGGACGGUGAUUCGUGGGUAGUUGCGGUAGGCACGGGGAAGUGUCUUUGCAGCAAAAAGGUGUACGUGUACCAGUUGCAGCAUGGUGCGUGCUCGGUAAUUUAUUGUACAAAUUUUUUACGAACCAUGUUAUUUUUUGUUUUUUUUAAUCCGUGGCAUUGUUGCGCUGUAACUGUCGAUGUGUAUAAAGGCUGUUUUUUUACCGGA